UUAAAGAAAACAUUAUUGUACUUUUUUUUAUAAAAAAAAAUAAAUUUUUAUAAAAUUUUUUUAAAAAACUAAAUAAAAUUCUUAAAAAAUUUAUUUGAAAUAAAAAGAACUUUUUUUAUUAUAACAAAGAAAAAACCCUAUAAAGUGUUCAAAUUAAACUCUUGAGUUGAAAUAAAACCAAAAUUACUCUUUUGAGAUAAAAUAAAGCUUUUCAAAAAAAAAAAGCUUUUUAUAAGCACCGGUUGGUGGUUGCUCUUAAGCUCAAUUAUAUGCUCUUUUUAAAUAAAAACUCAAAAUUUUCAUGUAUAUUGUAAGGUUUUCUUAUACAGAAAAUCAGUUAUUGCUAAACGUUUGCUUAAAAAACACUACAAAACUAAAACAAUAUUAAUUUAAAAAAAAAUUAUAAAAAAUAAUAAAAAAAAAUUUUUUAAAAAAGAAGAAGAAAAAGAAAGAAAUCAUUUCAUAUACAAUAUAGAUUUGGUGCCUUUGCUCACACAUAAAAAAUUUUUUAAUAACAAAAAAUUGAAAAUAAAUUUAAAGAAAAAAUUAAAAAAAAUUUUAAUAAAUAAAAACUUUAAAAAAUUUAAUAAAAUUAAAAAUUAUUAAACAAAAUCAAACAGAAAACAGCUUGAAAUUAAUAAAAACCCAAAAAAAACUGUGAUUUAAAAUAAAACAAGAAAUUUAAAUAAAAAAAGAAAUAAAAUUUUUAUAAAAAUAAAACCCAAAAUACAACACAUAUCACUUUUAAAAAGUGUUUUUUUAUUGAAAAAAAAUCUCACAAAAUCUCAAAAGACUGUGUUUAAGCCUGAAAGCUAAGAACUUUCUAUAAACUUUAUAACAAAAGAAAAAAAAUUUUUAAAAAUUCAAUUUAAACAAUUUAUAUUGAAAAAACUUGUAAUCAACAAUAAAAUGUUGGGUACCAUGUCUAUGCGUCAACCAGAAAAUUGGUUAUAUGAAAUUUGGCAAAAGGGCCAGGACAGCCCCUGCUAUGUGAUGGUGCCAAAUGCUAAAGAUCUCGUCAAAUCCCAUUUGAUGAUCGCCGUCCGUGAGGAGGUUGAGGUUCUUAAAGAGAAAAUCUCCGAACUAAUGGACAAAAUCAAUCAAUUGGAAGUAGAGAAUACCAUACUGAAGGCAAAUAUGUCACAGGAAACAUUGCAACAGUUGCAAAUGCAAACACAAUUGCAAAUUGCCGGUACAACAGCGACCAAUGGCAGUAAUAUGUUAACGGCUGCACCCACACCAGCCGCCAUAACAGCAGCACCAGCAACAGUGGCCAACAACGUAGCCGGCAAUACAGUCAAUGCAGCAGCAACACCCCAGUCAAAUGUAGGUAGUGGUACAGCAACACCUACCACACAACAAGCCGCCAAUACAACCAUAGUAACAGAACAAAGUGUAGAUACUACACAACAGAAUCUAAAUGCUGUUAAUAGCGAGGAUAAUCAGGGUUCAGCGGUACAGGCCACAAAUGGACCCAUGUCUUAAAUUCUAAAUUUUGUCGUUUAGCGCAGAGUCUUAGCUAUACAACAUGAAAAUAUUGUUGUCACUCAGUCUCCUCUAUAAAAAACACUCACACUCUCAACACAAAAAAAAACCGAAAAUAUGGAGUGUUAAAUUUUGUUUAUUAAUUUAACAAAAUAAGAUGCAACAACAAAUAGAAACACUUAAGCAAAAUUUUUUACACACUUUAACACACUCACCCUGUAUCAAAUCAAAAAAAGGAUAAUUAUUGCUGAUGCUGUUGCAUAUUUUGAAGUUGAAGGUGUCUAAGCCAAGGAGUUUAAUAUUAAAAAUGUUUUGACAUCAAAACAUUUGUCCUUAACAUAUCCUUUUUUCAAAAAAAAAAAAAAAAAAUAACCCA